AUGGAUAAUUUCCUCCGGCACAUCCUAGUCAGCAUACUGGCGGCGGCGGCCGCCGCCGCCCUCGUCUCCCGUCUCCGCGGCCGCCGUCUCCGCCUCCCCCCGGGCCCGUUCUCCCUCCCGUUUCUCGGCAGCUGGCUCCACAUCGGCAACAACCUCGACCACCACGACCUCACCCGCUACUCCCGGACCCUCGGCAACAUUUUUCUCCUCCGCAUGGGCACGCGCCGUAUAGCAGUGGUCUCCUCUCAGGAUCUCGCCAAAGAGGUCCUUCUCACCCGCGGCAAGGAGUUCGGUUCCCGGUCGCGAAACAUCGUGUUCGACAUCUUCACGGGUAAAGGUCAGGACAUGGUUUUCGCGGAGUACGGGGAGCACUGGCGCAAGAUGCGGAGGAUCGUGACCCUGCCUUUCUUCACGGCCCGUGUGGUGCAGGAGCACCGCCGGGAUUGGGAGGCUGAAGCGGCGACCGUGGUGGAGGAGGCGAGGCGGGAUCCAGCUGCCUGUGGCGAAGGGGUUGUGCUCAGGAGGCUAAUCGAGCUUAUGGUUUAUAAUAACGUUUAUGGGAUUAUGUUCGGAAGGAAGUUUGAGGGUUUGGAGGAUCCUCUGUUUUUGAGGUUGAAAGGGGUGAAUGGCGAGAGGAGUAGGCUUGGGCAGAGCUUGGAGUAUAAUUUCGGCGAUUUCGUGCCGGUUUUGAGGCCGUUUUUGAGGGGGUAUUUGAAGGUUUGCCGGGAGGUGACAGGGAGGAGGUUGAGUCUGUACCGGGACAAGUUUCUUGCCGAGAGGAAGAAAAUUGCAUCCGCGGAAGGGAUAGACAAAAACGGACCGAAAUGCGGCGUAGAUCACUUUCUCGAAGCCCAGAAGAAUGGAGAGAUCAGCGAAGACCAUCUCCUUUACAUUGUCGAGAACAUGAACGUUGCCGCGAUAGAGACAACGGUUUGGGCGCUCGAGUGGGCCAUCGCCGAGCUAAUCAACAACCCGGAAAUCCAGAGCAAGCUCCGGGCCGAGCUCGACUCAGUCCUCGGGCCGGGAGUCCAAGUAACCGAGCCUGACACACACAAGCUCCCUUACCUCCAAGCUGUGAUCAAGGAAACCCUACGCCUCCGGAUGAUAGUCCCAUGCCUCGUCCCGCACAUGAACCUCAAGCAAGAAAAGCUCGGGGGUUACGACAUACCGGCCGAGAGCAGGAUUUACGUGAACGCGUGGUGGCUAGCCAACGACCCGGCCCAUUGGAAAAAGCCUGAGGAGUUUAGGCCCGAAAGGUUCUUGGAGGAAGAGUCUAAGGUGGACGUGAUUGGGAAUGAUCUCAAGUACAUCCCGUUUGGGGUCGGGAGGAGGAGCUGCCCGGGGAUUGUCAUGGCUAUGCCGGUCGUGGGCAUAACCUUGGGCAGGCUGGUGCAGAAUUUCGAGCUUCUGCCACCGCCAGGGCAGGAGAAGAUCGACAUGAGCGAGAACAACGGGCAGUUCGCGACUCGGAUAAAGACACAUUACCGGGUUCGCAAUCGCCUUAUUAAGAUGUCGUACUCUCGACGAUCAAGGUACUCCAGUUCCCCUUCACCGUACAGGCGGUAUGGUAGGUCUGUUUCCAGGUCUCGGUCAAGGAGCAGGUCAAGGAGCUGUGAUUCUAGCGAUGUGGACAAUCCUGGAAAUAACUUGUAUGUGACGGGCCUAUCUACUCGGGUAACAAAGAGAGAUCUUGAGAAGCACUUUUCAACUGAGGGAAAGGUGGAAGAUGUUCACCUUGUUGUUGAUCCAUGGACAAGGGAAUCUCGUGGGUUUGGUUUUGUAACUAUGUCAACACUGGAAGAAGCCAAUCGCUGCAUCAAUGGGUCCCCCGUGAGCAGGCGCUACUACUACUAUGAUUCACCCGAGAGGAGGUACCGCCGGAGAAGGGAGGACUACUCGCCAGACAAGCGGCACUAUAGGAGGAGCCGCCACCGGAGCAUGACCCCGCCGAGAUACAGGUGGCAGCGGUCGAGGAGGAGCUACUCGCGCAGCGUCUCGUCCGGGCGGUCGAGAAGCAGGAGCUACUCGUCUCCGAGAAGGGACCACUCAAGGAGCGUGUCACCAUUUGCGAGGAUAGGUGGGUCACAUGGGUCGACCCGUAAGAGGAGUGGGUCCCGUGGGCCGUCGCGUGAUGGGCGGUCGUCGAGGAGCCACUCGAGGAGUCCGAGCGCGUCGUCUUCGUCUAGGUCGAUGUCGGCCAGCAGGUAUUCCUCCCCUUAA